CAUUCCGUGCAGUAGUGAUAAAAUUUACAACAUCAACAACCACAGUAGCAGCAAAGCUGCUACAGUAGCAACAGAAAAUCGUGAAUUAAGCAACAGAAAAGACUUCAGUCUUCAGUAAGGCGCUUCGGAGCAUAAACAAUAAAUUGACCCUGCUACUUUGUGCAUAUUAAUGUUUUCUUAUUACAAUAACAAUAAAAGCUAGAAACAUACAUACAAAUAUAUGUACGUAAGUAAGUGAGAUACCAAAGAAACAAAGUGCAAAGAAAAACGUUUCAAAAAAUAGUUUUUUCGAAAUUUUAAGAAUUUGAACAACCACUACAAGUAGUGAACGCACGCGUCAUGAAAGCUAUAGCAAGUACAAAUCGAAUAAAAGAAUUCGCCUACAAUUAUAGCGAACCCAGCACGAAUAUCACGCAAGCUGUUGUCAUGGCGAGCGAUAGCGACCCUAGUAGCAGCGGCAGCAGCAACACCCUUCCACUUGACUACAGCUCACCCGUAUGCGGGCCAAGAAAAACAAUGGCAAAGAAUGAAGAAUGUUCCAGAGCGGAGCAAAGUGCGCCAGCAACAGAAACAGCAACAGCGUCAAUCGCCAAGGAGCUGGGUGCGAGCGCUGGAAGCGAGGAUACAACUAAAUUGAUUUCAACGGCAAUUAAGUUCAUCAACAUCAAUAACAACAACAGCAACAGUUGUAGUAAUAACAGCAAUAGUGACAAGCAACGAACAAAUAGGCGAAACACGGACGCUGGCGACAGCAACAAAUCAACAUCGAAAUCGACAGGCACAACAACAACGAGUACGACUGUUGCUAAAUCAGCAGCAUCGAAGUUUAUUAAUUCUCGCAAUAAAUUGACGACAACGACAAUUGUUGGGCAACAAGAAAAAAGUCGUACACAGGAACAACAACAACACAAGGAUGAGGAGCAGCAGCAGCAGCAACAACAGGCUGAACAAAUGUUUUUGUUGCCCACAACAAGGGACCUCAAUCAAAUCAAUUUAAAAUCAUCACUGUAUGUUGAUCAACAACUAUGCAAUGGCGGUGACAACAACAACAACAACAACAACAAUAGAAGCCACAAUCAACGGAAUGAUGUACAAAGUAAGUUGAAUACAAACGUCAGCAGCAACAGUAACAACAAUAAUAAUCUCAACAAUGCUAAUAAUAAUAAUAAUAAGAAGAAGAAGAAGCAGCUGCAGCAGCAGCCACAACAGCUAAACGAGAUGUCCAGGGUGGCGUAUGAGGUACUGAAUAAUAAUAAUAGUAAUAACAACAAUAGCGCCAACGCCAGCAAUGAAGCAAAUGAUAGUGAGCACAACAACAACAACAACAGGGGAAAAUCGCAAGUGAAUGCGAAGAAGCAGAAGAACAGCAACAACCACAAUGACUUGGAGGAGCUGGAGCAGCAGAAACAGCCGCCUCGCCAGCACUCACUGAUAACCGUGGCAAAGGCGGCGCCCACACAGACGACAAUUGUCAACGAACUAAAAGCCACAACGAAAGUGAGAGCAGAGAAAUUUGCCACAACCGUCAUCACGCCGAUAAGAAAAGCAGUCGCAGCAACAACAACAACAGCAACAACAAUAAAAACGCCAGCAAUUGAAAGAGCGAAAACGUCACAGCUGACGUUGCGCAAAUCGCUCUCCACGCCAGCAUCUUUUAAAAUUGGCGACGCUGCUUGGAGCACGUUGAGCACAAGUAAUAACAACAACGAAAUUAAGCAAACAGAUAGCAAAGUUAAGAAUAGCAACAACCGAAAGCUGAUUAUAAGUUCGAGCAAAACAAAGAAUGAGACUGUGACUGUGGAAGUGACGAAGCAGGAGGAGGAGAGGAAGCUGUUGGAGUUGGAGUUAAUGUGCGGCGAUGGCGUUAGCACUGACAGCAGCCGUGGCAAGUGUACAAAGCCAGCAAUGGCUACACCGAUGACAAUCGCGAACUUAGUGCCACCAGCUGCAGCAAAUAAUACAAAAGCUAAAUCGGCAAAUGCUUCAAUUGAAGAAGCAAUAACAUUCACAAAAGCUAUAACAGCAACAAUGAAAAGUACAGCAUGUACAUCAACAACAACAACAAAGGCAUCGGCAACAAUGGAUGUCGUAAUGCGUUCAAAAUAUGUCGCGCAUGCGCCGCCGCAUCAACACCAACACCAUCAACACCAGCACCAUCAACACCAACACCAACACCACCAUCUACAGCAGCAGCAGCAGCAGCAGCAACGUCAUCAUCAGCAGUCAAAUACGAAAAUUGUAAAAGCCAAAACUAAUGAUAAUAAUCAACUCAUACACGACGAUGUUAGCGUCGUUGCCAGCACGACAACCGCCCCAACGCCAUCGUCAUCAUCGCCGCGUCCAAACGUUAGCUUCGAUUUGGAUUUGCGCUUUGGUUGUGCGCAUUACAAGCGACGCGCUAUGUUUGUG